AGAGAGGAAGUUUCUUCACCAACCAUAACCAUGCUCACAAACUUCAAUGGUACCGGUGUGGGAUUUGGUUUUGGCAUUGGCUGUGGUUUUGGAAUGGGAUGGGGCUUUGGAGGCAGAGAUGCGUAACAAUGGUAAUAAUAUUGAACUGCAACAAUCUGCUAAUAAUCCAGAACCUAUGGUUGAAAAUUUUGGUGGAUUGCGCGAUUCGUCACAGUCGACCUGGAACAGCUGUAGGAUGACUUUAUCCGGUUUGCAAGCCCUGAAUGCACUUAAAUUAGGAAUCUUUUGACCUGGAUCAGCUGAGUAAUGGGUCAAAUCUACAACCUGGUCAUGUCUUGCAUUUUUUCAAGUGACUGACAUGGUUGGGUGAUGGUGAAUGCUAUUUUCUUUUGCUUUACAGGGUUGCCAUUCUGCAGGGAAUAGUCUCACCUUAAAAUGGGGUGGGGACACCCUGACGUCAUCAAUACACAAAAAAAAAAAAUAAUAAUAAUAAAUAAAUAAAACUUUACAGGUUUGCUUUCAUACAUGUGACAAGCAUGUAAAAUAUCUGAACCAGUCACCAAGUAGGCUAUAGCUUCUGGUUAUUGUAGAUGUGGCAAGCAUGUACAAGAUCUGGACCACUCAUCAAGUUGGCGAAGAUUCGAUGAGUCACAUCCCAAAAAUUGCACUGAUCUGAGCAUCUUAAACAUUCUACUGGAGAACUUCUGGGAAAAGGGAACUGAUGAUCAUUAAAAGAACUGAAGUUCCUUUGACCAGUACCUUUUGUGUGUGUGUGUGUGUGUGGAUAGGUAAGCUGGGAUCGAACCCAAGACCUCAAUUUGAAACACGCCCUCCUGUCUAUUUGAAAUUUGGUAGGGGGUGCUCCAAGGGUCAUGAUGUUUACUUAGUUGGUGGGAAGUAGGGUUCUCAUGGUGUACAACUUGUGGAAACGAUACAUAGUCAUUCCUAACAUGUGCACCAUGUGUUUACGGGAUGCAGAGUUUGUAGAUCACUUGUUCACGCAUUGAAUCUUUGCCAGAGCCAUUCAAGAACACUUUUUCGAAAAAUUUUUAUGUUGUUAUGUGAUGCUAGUCUGAAACCGGAGCAUUGGUAAUGGCAUGAGGUGUUCAGGAGAGUGAAAUUGGAUGCCAUGGCUUGGACCUCAACUGUCAAAUCGUUUGCUAAUUGCUCUUUAGAUUCCUUGGAUUCUUGGUCUAGUUUGUUGUAAUUUGGGGUGUAGUUUUGUCAUCUAUGCUCGCUUUUUUCCUUUUAAAAAAAUUCUGAUGAUUCUAAAGAAAAAGAGGUAGGUGUUAUAAUGCUGUCACAAUUAUAUGAUUUAUGAUUUGAAAGGUACUGUAUUCGUACCAUACAAAUCAAAGUCCCAAAUCAUGAAUAUGCAAUAUUCAUUUGAUUAUUGUAUUAAUAUCAUUCCUACUAAUCCAACAAUUAUUUCCCACAUUUACAUUUUUAUACAUGUUUUUCUUCUUGCUUUUAUCAUAAGAUUACUGUAUCAAACGAAUCUCAAAAGUACAGCUUUUUUACAUAUAUGUCAUCUUGUUUUAUACAUCAUUUUUUGUUUUGGGGAUUUUGAUAUUCAAAAACCCAAAACAGAUGAGUGAAGUAUUGUUGCGGUCGGUCAACAGAAUCAAAUGCUGUUUUUUCCAAUGAAAUUCUACAAGGAAAUCCUUUUCUUGGUGCAUAUUGAUGGGAAAUGGAUAAUGAGUUUUUAUUUUUUUCAGAUUGUUUUUUCAUUUUUUUUUUGACGA